AUUGGAACAUUCCAAAAACUUCAAGAACUAUUCCAAAAUUCUUGCUCCAGAAUAUGGUUAUGGUUCACAGUUGCAGAAACAAAUAUAGAACAGAAGAAAUAUGUCUCUUCUCCAUCACAGAUUUCAGCUUCCCUUCUACCGUCAACCUCUCGUUUUCUUCCCCACCACCAUCAGAAAACUAAUCCCAAUUCACUCCAUGUCCACUUCAUCAUCACAAACAACUCAUCAACAAGAAGAAGAUGAAGAAACACAAGCUUCAUUAGCUCAAGUCUUGAAGUACCAUAAAGAAACGAAGCAUUCCUUCACCAACUACGCUCGUGGCCCUCGUGGUCUUGAUUGGGCAAAUCAACCCAACCCUUUUCGCCGUUAUGUUUCUUCUCCACUUAUCCCUCUGUUACACCCUCCAUAUUCUGAUGAAUCUCCUCUUUACUCAUCAGUUUUCAAGACUCUCCCUUUUCCUAAACCCAUUUCGGAUUCCACAAUUUCUCAGCUUUUCUACGAUUCUUUAGCCUUAUCAGCUUGGAAAUCGACUGGGUUUUCAACUUGGUCCCUUCGUGUAAACCCUAGUAGCGGAAAUCUCCAUCCAACUGAAGCGUAUAUUAUUUGUCCACCUGUUGAAUCUGUAUCAGACAAAGGUUUUGUGGCUCAUUAUGCUCCAAAAGAACAUUCUUUGGAAAUUAGAGCCCAAUUUUCAUCUGGGAUUUUCACAAGAUUCUUUCCUGAAAAUUCUUUCCUUAUUGGGUUAUCUUCUAUUUUUUGGAGGGAAGCUUGGAAGUAUGGUGAAAGGGCAUUUAGGUAUUGCAAUCAUGAUGUGGGUCAUGCUAUUGCUGCUGUUUCAAUGGCAGCAGCAGGGCUUGGAUGGCAUGUGAAAGUUCUAGAUGGAUUAGGUUACGAGGAGUUAGAGAAGUUAACGGGCGUUGAAAAUUUUCCCAAGUUUAAAAUCCCAUCUCGGCCCGUGAAAGGGGCAAUGCCAGAGAUUGAGUUUGAGCAUCCAGAUUGUGUUCUUUUGGUUUUCCCUAGUGGUUUGAGUGAAUUUGAAGUGGAUUAUAAGGAGCUAAGCUGCGCUAUUUCGGAGUUUUCAGGUUUGGAUUGGAAGGGCAAGCCUAAUGUGCUUAGUAAAGAGCACAUUUGUUGGGAUAUUAUAUAUAAAACAGCUGAAGCAGCGAAAAAGCCAUUAACAAUGUCUAAUUCAUCAGUAGUUGAUCCAUUUCAGAGUAGUGGAACAUUUAGUGAAAGCUCUUAUAAGGAUUUAACUUUAAGGGAAGUAGUUAGAAAGCGGAGGAGUGCAGUUGAUAUGGAUGGCUCUACUGCAAUGUCCAAAGAAACAUUUUAUCAGAUAUUAUUGCAUUGUAUGCCUUCUGGUUCACACGGUGGAAAGAAACAUGUUAGGCAAUUGGCAUUGCCAUUUAGGUCACUUGCUUGGGAUAGUGAAGUCCAUGCUGCUCUGUUUGUUCAUAGAGUUGUUGGCUUGUCAAAAGGACUAUAUUUUUUGGUGAGAAAUGAGAACCAUCUAGAUGAUCUUAAGAAAGAUACUAGAGAUGAGUUUAAAUGGGUGAAACCAGAUGGUUGUCCCGAUGAUCUUCCUUUAUAUGAGCUUGCAAGUGGAGACUGCAAGGAGCUUUCAAAACGAUUGUCAUGCCAUCAGGACAUUGCUUGUGAUGGCUGCUUCAGCUUGGGCAUGAUUGCACAUUUCGAGCCCACUUUGCGCAACAAGGGCUCCUGGAUGUACCCACGGCUAUUUUGGGAGACAGGAGUGCUCGGACAAGUUUUGUAUCUUGAAUCGCAUGCAGUUGGCAUCUCUGCUACCGGUAUUGGUUGUUUCUUUGAUGAUCCUGUACAUGAAGUUCUUGGGCUGAAAGAAUCAAAGUUUCAGAGCCUCUAUCAUUUUACAGUUGGAAGUCCAGUUGUUGACAAGAGGAUAAUGAGUCUGCCAGCAUACCCAGGCCCAAGCGAUGAUGCAUGAUCUG